AUGUCAAGGGCAAGUAAACUGUCCACUGUCACUAUCAACCCACCUGAGCGUAAACUGCCCACUGAGACUGUCCACUUGGCUGUCAAUCAGAGUACACGGUUCACUUUGGCUGUCAACCAGAACUGUCAACCAGAGAGAACACUGUGCACCCAGAUUGUCAACCUGGGAGUACACUGUCCACCUAGACUGUCAACCAGAGAGUACACUGUCCACCUAGACUGUCAACCAGAGUACACUGUCCACCCAGACUCUCAACCAGAGAGUACACUGUCCACACAGACUGUCAACCAGAGAGUACACUGUCCACCUAGACUGUCAACCAGAGAGUACACUGUCCAACCAGACUCUCAACCAGAGAGUACACUGUCCACCAAGACUCUCAACCAGAGUAAACUGUCCACCCAUACUACCAACCAUAGAGUACUCUGUCCACCAAGACUGUCCACCAGAGAGUACACUGUCAACCCAGACUGUCAACCAGGCAGUACACUGCCCACCCAGACUGUCCACCAGAGAACUGUCAACCAGACAGUACACUGUCCACACAGACUGUCAACCAGACAGUACACAGUUUACCCAGACAGUACACUGUCCACCCAGACUGUCAACCAGACAGUACACUGUCCACACAGACUGUCAACCAGGCAGUACACUGUCCACCCAGACUGUCAACCAGAGUACACUGUCCACCCAGACUGUCAACCAGAGAGUACACUGUCCACCCAGACUGUCAACCAGAGAGUACACUGUCCACCUAGACUGCCAACCAGACAGUACACUGUCCACCCAGACUGUCAACCAGAGAGUACACUGUCCACCCAGACUGUCAAUCAGGGUACACUGUCCACCCAGACUUUCAAACAGAGUACACUGUCCACCCAGACUGUCAACCAGAGAGUACACUGUCCAUCCAGACUGUCAACCAGACAGUACACUGUCCAUCUAGACUGUCAACCAGAGAGUACACUGUCCAUCCAGACUGUCAACCAGAGAGUACACUGUCCACCCAGACUAUCAGCCAGAGAGUACACUGUCCACCAAGACUCUCAACCAGACAGUACACUGUCCACACAGACUGUCAACCAGAGUGCACUGUCCACCCAGACUGUCAACCAGACUGUACACUGUCCACCCAGACUGUCAACCAGAGUACACUGUCCACCCAGACUGUCAACCAGAGAACUGUCAACCAGACAGUACACCGUCCACCCAGACUGUCAACCAGGCAGUACACUGUCCACCCAGACUGUCAAUCAGGGUACAAAGUCCACCCAGACUGUCAACCAGAGUACACUGUCCACCCAGACUGUCAACCAGAGAGUACACUGUCCAUCCAGACUGUCAACCAGAGAGUACACUGUCCACCUAGACUGUCAACCAGAGAGUACACUGUCCAUCCAGACUGUCAACCAGACAGUACACUGUCCACCCAGACUGUCAACCAGAGAGUACACUGUCCACCCAGACUGUCAACCAGAGACUACACUGUCCACCCAGACUGUCAAUCAGGGUACACUGUCCAUCCAGACUGUCAACCAGACAGUACACUGUCCACCCAGACUGUCAACCAGACAGUACACUGUCCAUCCAGACUGUCAACCAGACAGUACACUGUCCACCCAGACUGUCAACCAGAGAGUACACUGUCCACCAAGACUCUCAACCAGACAGUACACUGUCCACACAGACUGUCAAUCAGAGUACACUGUCCACCCAGGCUGUCAACCAGACAGUACACUGUCCACCCAGACUGUCAACCAGAGUACACUGUCCACCCAGACUGUCAACCAGAGAGUACACUGUCCACGCAGAAUGUCAACCAGAGAGUACACUGUCCACCCAGACUGUCAACCAGACAGUACACUGUCCACCCAGACUGUCAACCAGAGAGUACACUGUCCACCCAGACUGUCAACCAGACAGUACACUGUCCACCUAGACUGUCAACCAGAGUACACUGUCCAUCCAGACUGUCAACCAGACAGUACACUGUCCACCCAGACUGUCAACCAGAGAGUACACUGUCCAUCCAGACUGUCAACCAGACAGUACACUGUCCACCCAGACUGUCAACCAGACAGUACACUGUCCAUCCAGACUGUCAACCAGACAGUACACUGUCCACCUAGACUGUCAACCAGAGAGUACACUGUCCAUCCAGACUGUCAACCAGAGAGUACACUGUCCACCCAGACUAUCAACCAGAGAGUACACUGUCCACCCAGACUGUCAACCAGAGUACACUGUCCACCCAUACUGCCAACCAUAGAGUACUCUGUCCACCAGAGAGUAAACUGUCAACCCAGACUGUCAACCAGGCAGUACACUGCCCACCCAGACUGUCAACCAGAGACUACACUGUCCACCCAGACUGUCAACCAGAGUACACUGUCCACCCAGACUGUCAACCAGAGAGUACACUGUCCAUCCAGACUGUCAACCAGACAGUACACUGUCCACCUAGACUGUCAACCAGAGAGUACACUGUCCAUCCAGACUGUCAACCAGACAGUACACUGUCCACCCAGACUGUCAACCAGAGAAUACACUGUCCAUCCAGACUGUCAACCAGACAGUACACUGUCCACCCAGACUGUCAACCAGAGAGUACACUGUCCACCCAGACUGUCAACCAGAGACUACACUGUCCACCCAGACUGUCAACCAGAGAGUACACUGUCCACCCAUACUGCCAACCAUAGAGUACUCUGUCCACCAAGACUGUCCACCAGAGAGUACACUGUCAACCCAGACUGUCAACCAGGCAGUACACUGCCCACCCAGACUGUCAACCAGAGACUACACUGUCCACCCAGACUGUCAACCAGAGUACACUGUCCACCCAUACUGCCAACCAUAGAGUACUCUGUCCACCAAGACUGUCCACCAGAGAGUACACUGUCAACCCAGACUGUCAACCAGGCAGUACACUGCCCACCCAGACUGUCAACCAGAGACUACACUGUCCACCCAGACUGUCAACCAGAGUACACUGUCCACCCAGACUGUCAACCAGAGAGUACACUGUCCAUCCAGACUGUCAACCAGACAGUACACUGUCCACCUAGACUGUCAACCAGAGAGUACACUGUCCAUCCAGACUGUCAACCAGACAGUACACUGUCCACCCAGACUGUCAACCAGAGAGUACACUGUCCAUCCAGACUGUCAACCGGACAGUACACUGUCCACCCAGACUGUCAACCAGAGAGUACACUGUCCACCCAGACUGUCAACCAGAGACUACACUGUCCAUCCAGACUGUCAACCAGACAGUACACUGUCCACCCAGACUGUCAACCAGACAGUACACUGUCCACAGAGACUGUCAACACUGUCUAUCAAGGCUUUAUUAUACCUUAUCAAUACCAAAGAUUGCUUCUUUAG